AUGACUCCAAUUGGGUACUUUGGGAAUUCCGUCCUCUUCGCUUCUGAAAAGUCGAAGUGGGUCGUACCACUUCCCUUAUACCGUUUUAUUCCAUAUCUUGAGGAGAAGAAUUUCUAUGUGACGAAUAACCUUUUGGAUUAUUUGAUACCAGAGAAUGAAGUGUUAAAGUUUUUAAAUGUUUUGGAACUUGGCAGUGAUAUUGAUCCUUCCACUAUUCCUUUACAACUUUCCUUUGAAAUCGUCAGAAUUUAUUUGGACUCAUUAACAGAUCCUAUUAUUAAUGUUGACUAUUUUUCUAUUAAAAAGAGUCUGCAAAGUGAUAGUCAGUUGAACAAAGUCGAUGCAAUUAAGUCCAUUUUCGACGAGUUGGACAACAACAGAAAAAGUGUUGUGUAUUUUGUUAUUCGCCAUAUGUAUAACAUUUUCAACAAUUCACAACAAAACGGCGUGUCAGCUGAGGAGAUCGCGGAAUUGUUUGGAAAAUCUUUGAUUUACAAUAACGCAGACUUCGGUUACGAAAACGUCCGUAAUAGUUUUGUAAGGCUUGUCUUGGAGGAGUUCGACUAUGUUUCCGAAAAUGUGUUGGAAUUUGGGAAAACCCUGGGUAACCCUCCAAAUUAUCCUGUCGGAACGGGCGAGAGCAAAUGCCACUAUUUGGAAGAUGUUGAGUUGUCAGUUUCCAAAUUUGUGAAUAAGUGCGAUUGUGGCGGAAUGAACGAACAGAUAAGGGAAGAAAAUCAGAGUAAAAAGAAGGGUCACUACUCACAAACUGUUGCUAAUAAACAAAGCUCUGUGUUUAAAAAUGGCUCGCAAACAGGGCCCAAGACACCAGUUAGGAAGGUUAUGACACCAGACAGAUUCAAGAGGAGAAGUGCCAUCCCACAAAUGAUUGGCGAGCUUCACCAAAAUAAAUUCACUAUUGGACAGUGCAGGAAAAAUGCUUCAAAGAGCGAGCAAGAGAGGAGUGAAAGUGGCGAGUGUACGACAAGAGAUCUAAGUCCAGAAUACCAAGAAGAAAAAUGUGAAGAUUUGGAAAAGGCAAAAAAUCCAAUUGCAACCCAGUUCAAAGUUGUAGUACACUCGUCAAGAGUGUCGACAUUCACGCCACUGUCUGCAAGAACAAGUUCUAAGCUUGUCAUCUCACACGAAGAGUGA